AGGCGCUCAUGAUUAAAUGUGUCUUUUUCGCGAAUUGCACGUAAAAUAUUUGUUCAAAAGUUAACCAUUUACAGUUAUCCAAGAUGAGUGACAAAAAUUUAAAAGAUAUGAAGUACAGCGAGCUUCAAAAGCUUGCCAAAUCUUGUGGAAUCAAAGCUAACAUGAAGAUUGAAAAGUUGAUAAAGGCAUUAGAUGAAUAUUACAGUAAGGAUAAAAACCAUACAACAUUAUUUAAUACCAGUAGUUCAAGUUGCUCAACCAAUCCUACUUCAUCAACAGAACAGGAAGAAUCAGAGAAAGAAAAUUCUCCAGUUUCUAAAAGAAGACGAAAAACUAAACGUGGAAAAGGCAAGAAGGGUGAAACUGAAACAGAUACAAGAGAAAAUGAAAAAAAGUCCGAUAACCCAGUAUCCAAAGGAAGAAGAACUAGAAAAACAAGAAAUACUGAUCAAGUUGAACAAGUUAAAGGGAAUCUCAAAGAUCAAAUCACCUCACCUGUGGGUUUGAAGAAAAAGCCUUUACCCUCCACACCAGGAAUGAAAUCGCCUUUUUUGUCAUUGAAAUCUCCCAUACCUGCUAGAAUACUACCAGGUACUCCAGGUAUCAGGAAAUCUACACCUUCAUCAUUGAAAUCUCCCAUACCUGCUAGAAUACUACCAGGUACUCCAGGUACCAGGAAAUCUACGCCUUCAUCAUUGAAAUCUAGAAGAGCUUUACCAUCUGUUCCAGCAAACAGAAAAUCGUCCGUUUCAGGUAGAAAAUCUGCCGAUAUAAAAGAACCUACCAAGGCGCAGAAACGUAAGCGAUCCGGCUCGGAAACAAGAAAAUCUUCAACUGAGGAUGAUCGGUCGGAGGAACCAAUUAGUAAAUGUCGAAGAAGUAGUUCCACCUCAUCAGCCAAGACCACACCACAACCUUCAACAUCUGGUAAAUCGACACCCAAACAAAAUAGUCCUGGUGUAAAAAGUUUGAUUAAAGCUAUGGAUGGUUUGAGUUCUGAUGAGAUGAAAGCUAGUUUAUUAAAGGCCUUAGAUAAAAAGGUUAAAGAAAAUCCUAAGAAAAGAGAAUCAGCAGAUAAUACUUCAAGCUCAGGUAUUCCUCGUUUUACAGCUUUUAUGGCUAAAAAGAAUGAAGAGAAGAAAAGUGGAGGUUCUACACCUGAUUGGAAGAAGAUCCAUAAAAAAGAAUUUUCUCGGUGGGAUUCUAUUGAUGUAUAUAUGGAGAAGAAACGAAAGAGAGCCGAAUGUUUAACUGGAUCACUUUAUAAAGCACAGAAACUUCUGGAAGAAACACAAUCGGCCGUUAAUAAACUCAAAAAUACAAAAACACCACAGAUCACUAAACCCAUCAAACCAGACGGUACUAGAUCUUCCUUCCAAUCACCAAAAGUAUUUAGACCGUCUGCUAUCUCAACACAGAAUCUCAAUCUCAAGUUUGGAUCUAAAAAAACACCGCAAAAAUCUACACCAAAACCUACAGCUUCCAAAACAAUUACUCCAAACCCAACGGCUUCCAAAACAAUUACUCCAACACCAACGGCUUCCAAAACAAUUACACCAACAGCUUCCAAAACAAUUACACCCAAGCCAAAUACUGUGACCAGACCCACGAAAACAAUUACUCCUAAAACAAGAGCUACUCCCAUUUCUAACAUGAAAGGCCAAUCAAAAGUUUUGAAUAGCAGAACAAGUUUGAAACCAACGACCACACCAACAGUUAACAAGAGACAAUCGAAACCAUUCAGUUCUACAAGGAUCAAGUCCACAAGUAUUCGUCGCCCAACGAGACCAGUUUCGCCCGGUAAAGUCACCAGUGAGGAUCGUCUGAAUAUUAGCAGUAUUCAAUCUUCAGUACACAAACGAAAAUCAUUUGGCGAGGGUUUAGGAAAGGGAGCUACCCCUUACAACUUUUCUGGAGUUCUUAAUACAUCAGCCAUUAUGAACAGCUCCAUGAAGAAACCAUCUUUUGAUCUCAGGGCCAGUCUAUCAAAACCGUUGUCGUGGAAACCUCAUAAAGGCAAAUUGAAGCCUAUGGAUCUGAAUACUAGUUCUUAUAAACAUAUUGGAGUUGACAAGGCAAGUUACAAGACACCUCAGACAAAGACAAUUGAACACAGACGACAAGCUGCUGCUGAUAGUCGAGCUGAUAAGAAAUUUAAAGCCCAGAUGAACAAACGUGGAAUAAAAUCUUAAACAUCUUUACCUCAUUCUAUCUCUCUCUCUCUCUGUAAACUCUUUUGUUAUAUUCUUAUUGUUAUCUUAUUACAGUUAUAUCUUUGUAAAUAUUUAUACCCCGAGUUCAACCAACUAUCACUGGUCCAGUGGGUCCAUGUAAUCUUAUAUUAGGGACCUUUCGCAUUGGUACGAAAACGAACACCAAAACGAACAUAUGUUCGCUUACGUGUUCGUUUUCGUAUCCUCUAACGCACGGUUUCACAAUCCGACGUACAAUAAUAGCUGGAUGGCAUUAAUUUCCACUUCAUGAACUUCUCGGUCAAGUCAAUGUUUUCAAUCAAUUUUUGGGCAGAUGUACAACAAAUCAAGCAGAAUAUUGCUUUUGAGCACAUUCUACGAACUCUACACAAUCAACAAUAUACACAAAGCAUCGACAAAUGGUGCAAAAUUCAAUAUAUGAGACAAGAAACAUAUUCGUUUGCAUACCUACGUAAAACCAGCUCUGUACGCGUAACGUUUUUUCACUGGCCAAACACUCAUUACGGAUUGACGUCACAAGUACACACGAAUCGAUGACGUUUUCAUUUUCGUACCGAUGUGAAAGGUCCCUAAUCUUAUUGUGUUAGCAUUUUCUCAUUCCUGUUAGCAUUUUCUCGUGGAGUAUUUAUAGCCUAUGUUUCAUUCUGUAGAUAAAAACAAAUAUUAUAUAUUAUACAUCAUAUUGUCUACUUGACAUAUUUAAAUGUUUUCUCAUUGUUAAAGUAUUAGAUUAUACUCAUUCAUUCUUUAAAAAACCUAUUCAUUGUCUGCUUCUAAGUGUUUCAUGUUCAGCUGCCUUCAUAUUAACCUGAUUGUAUCUCAUAUUAUGUUAUGAAUAUCUUUUAAAACACAUUGUUGAUACCACGUAAAUAAUUUUAGUGUCUCUCCCCGUUUUAAUCAUCUUGGUUUAACCACAGGAUCUAUAACAUAUCGUUACUCUAUUCACCUCAAAAUACUUCGCCUGUCAUUGUUUAGCCAUAAAUAGUGAUAAAUAUGGUGCAUGAGGCAAAAUAUGACUUCCUUUUCUGGAACAUCUAAUACCAUUUCUCCGGUGAGCUAUCUGUAGUGAGUGUCAUGUAAGUAUAAUACAGGGUAUGUUGUUCAGGUCUACAACACUGAAUAACUUUACUCAAUCAAGGUGUUUACAAUCACCUGUCUGACACAUGUCAAUAAAAAGAGCAGUUUAUAAAGAACCAAAGGUAGUAAUGAUACCCAGUGAUCCUUGAUUAUUUCAAGAUGUGUUUUGUAUAUUUUAAUAUGAGUCAAUAUGUAAAUAUUCAUGUCUUAUUCUAGUGCUAUUUGUCCAUGUUAUAUUGCUAUAUUUUAUAUCCACAUAGUAACAGUUGUCAUGCAUGAGACAGGGUGUGCUUACUGUAUGAUACCCGCAUAGUAACAGUUGUCAUGCAUGAGCCAUGGUAUGCUUGUAUUUUAUAUCACUUUUAGCCGCCAUAUUCAACAUCACCUGUACAGUAAUAUAAAUACUCUCUCUCAUAUAUACAGUUCCACUCAACAGGGCGAACAAGUAAAGUAACUAGUCAUUUGGAUGAGACAAAAACAGUCCAAUGUAUGUUAAAGAUCCCUUAGCCGUUUUAUUCGAAAUGGUAGAAUCAUAAGUGCGUCAUUUAUUCAUGGAGUUGUUGCUUUUGUCAUCAAAACACUCAUCAAAGCUCUGAAGACUUAGUUAAAAGUUUCAUGUCAACCAAUUUGAAGAGAUUUAAAUGUUGUAUUUUGCUUGAGAAUUACCUUUAGAUCAUAUAUAACUUAAUAGAAUUUAUCUGGUAACCAGGUCUAUCUUAAAUAUAUAAUAUUGUUUUUAUAAAAAUAUCUUCUUACAUUGAUAUAAAUUAGACCAUUCAUUCAGAACUUGUAUCAUUAACAUACACUUAUAAUUUAUUUCUAAACACAUAGAAUUAAAAUUAAUAUUAUGUA